AUGAACCAGAAGGAGCUUGCUGACACACUGGAGAAAUAUGAACUUGCUGUGAUUUGCCAACGUGAACUCAAAUCUAAUCUAAAGAAGAAGUUUCAAUGUGUAUUUGAGGGGAUCGCUAAACAAGGAAACCCAACACUUCUCAAUAAGAUCUACACAGAGCUCUACAUCACAGAGGGUGGAAAAGGAGAGGUCAAUAAUGAACAUGAGCUGAGACAGAUUGAGACAACAACCAGGAAACAAGCAAGGCCAGAGACUGCAAUCAAAUGUAACGACAUCUUCAAACCCUUAACUGGACAAGACAAACUUAUCAGAACUGUGCUGACAAAGGGGGUCGCUGGCAUUGGAAAAACAAUCUCUGUGCAGAAGUUCAUUCUGGACUGCGCUGAAGGAAAAGCAAAUCAGGAUGUCCAAUUUGUAUUUUCAUUCCCUUUUCGGGAGCUGAAUUUGAUGAAAGGGGAAAAACACACUUUGACUGAACUUCUCAACCACUUCUCAGUGGAAACCAAACAAUCAACAAUCUCCAACUAUGACAAGUACAAAGUUCUGUUCAUCUUUGAUGGUCUGGAUGAGUGCCGACUGCCCCUAGACUUCCAGAAGAACAAGAUCUGUUGUGACGUCACCAAGUCAACCUCAGUGGAUGUUCUGCUGACAAAUCUCAUCAAGGGAAAUCUGCUUCCCUCUGCUCUCCUCUGGAUAACUACCCGACCUGCAGCAGCCAAUAAGAUCCCUUCAGGGUAUGUUGACCAGGUGACAGAGGUACGAGGUUUCAAUGACUCACAGAAGGAGGAGUACUUCAGGAAGAGAUUCAGGGAUCAGGAUCUGGCCAGCAGAAUCAUCUCACACAUAAAGACAUCAAGGAGCCUCCACAUCAUGUGCCACAUUCCAGUCUUCUGUUGGAUUUCUGCAAUAGUCCUUGAACAUAUGCUGAAUCAUAAGAAGAAAGAGAAUGCCCAAGACUCUGACUGA